AUGCGGUCCAUUCCCUCGCUUCUGGGGACAUUGUCCCUUUUCGUGUCUUCUUUGCAGGUUGGCUACGCUGCGGAACAACCUCAUCGCCACUACCAGGUUGUCGAGCGUUUAGAUUCCGCCCCUUAUGGCUGGACAAGAGGGGGAAAACCUCCUCCCAAUCAGGAAAUCAGAUUUCGGCUGGCGGCGCAGCAUGGGAGAGCAGCCGAGUUUGAGCAAAAGGUCACCGACCUCUCCAGCCCGGGUCACGAAAGCUAUGGCCACCACAUGAAGCGUGACGAUGUUAGAGACUUUCUGCAGCCGGCGACAGAAACCCUGGAGAACAUCCUUGGGUGGCUGGACACCGAACAUGUUCCAGAAAACUCGAUCCAGACAGACGGAUAUUGGAUCACAUUCUCUGUACCAGUAUCUCAGGCCGAACAGAUUUUCAACACCCAGUUCUAUUAUUUUCACAAUAUGGAUUCCGAUGCGACGCUUGUCCGGACACUUCAAUACUCGGUGCCGGACAACGUCUAUGUGGACGUCCAGAUGAUCCAGCCAACCACGCGGUUCGGUAAUUUUGGUGCCCAGAGAACUCUUCCUGCCAUCAAAGCGGUUGCAGCCACCUUCCAGGACCUGACUGCCAACUGCUCAUCCGCAAUCACACCUGAUUGUCUCCGGCAACUGUAUGGGCUGUAUGACGCCAAGGGAAAGCCAGACCCCCAGAACAGACUAGGCAUCUCUGGUUUCCUGGAACAGUAUGCACGCUUUGGUGAUUUUGAACAGUUUCUGGCAAAGUACUCGCCCAACAUCACAGACGCCAAUUUCACCGUGGUGUCGAUUAACGGCGGGCUGAACGAGCAGAAAUCUGGGUUGGAAAGCACAGAAGCCAGCCUCGAUGUGCAGUAUGCUAUUUCCUUGGCGUAUGACACCUUGUCGACUUUCUACACAACCGCUGGUCGGGGUCCUCUUGUACCAGAAGUAGACCAACCAAACGCGAACGAAUCCACCAACGAGCCUUAUUUGGAUCAGCUCCAUUACCUUUUAAACUUGACAGACGAUGAGUUGCCUGCAGUCCUGUCCACUUCGUAUGGUGAAGAUGAGCAGAGUGUCCCCGAGUCAUAUUCCAACAUCACAUGCAACAUGUUUGCUCAGCUAGGCGCCCGCGGCGUCUCCAUCAUCUUCAGCAGUGGAGAUUCUGGAGUGGGCGACUCGUGUCUCAUGAAUGAUGGAUCGAACAGAACCAGAUUCUUGCCGACGUUUCCUGCGUCUUGUCCCUUCGUCACGUCGGUAGGAGGCACCUACGGCAUCAACCCUGAGAAAGCCAUCAGCUUUUCUGGCGGCGGGUUUUCAGAGCGAUUCCCACGUCCCGAAUGGCAGAACAAGGCCGUCGAGAGUUACUUGACGCAGUUAGGUAACCAGUGGGAUGGUCUCUAUAAUCGACAGGGUAGAGGUUUCCCGGAUGUUGCUGCCCAAGCCGAUAACUACCUCAUUAUCGACCACGGAGCUACCAGAAAGAUAGGGGGUACCAGUGCUGCUGCUCCUGUAUUUGCCGCCGUUAUCUCUCAACUGAACUCUGCCCGUUUGACCCGUGGUAAGCCGAGAUUGGGGUUCCUAAAUCCCUGGUUGUAUUCUCUCAACCAGACCGGCUUCACUGAUAUCCGUCAGCAGUUCGAUGCGACCAACAGCCUCCUCAGCCGUGCGAAGCGGUUCUUGCUGCUACAGAAUGCUCUGAUCCCCACACCCCAAACCCCUCCUCAGCUGGUUGCUGUGGCUCGUGAAGUGCUGGAGCUGGGCGCGCUAGCAUCUAUCCGACAGACCGACGCCCCCUCGUUCACAAGAUACUACCAGCAACUGCAGCCCUUUUACGAUAUCGAGAGACACGUCGAAGCGACUGGUGAGGGGGUAAAUGUUGAUUUCAGCACUAGCCAACGGAGCAAGAUCACGGGGCUGUAUCUGCUUCUCCUGUUGAGUAUGGGCAACAGCACCGGGUUCCACACCGUCCUGGAGGGUCUGGUCGAAGAAGCGAGUCUGAAGGGCAAGAGCGUUGAAGAUGAUCCUUAUAUCAAGUAUCCGGUUGAUCUUGAGCGGAGCUUGAUGGAGGGAAGCUAUGAUAAGGUGUGGCGCGAAACCAAGUCAGAGAGAGUACCGUCCGAGGAUUUCGGUUUGUUCUCAAACGUUCUUGUUGGCACCAUUCGAAGCGAAAUCGCAGACUGCUCCGAAAAGGCCUACCCCUCACUUCCCAUCUCGAACGCGAAGAAUCUCCUUUUUCUCGAAUCCGAAGGUGCUGUUAUCGAGUUCGCCCAGCAACGCGGCUGGAUUCUGCGCGAUGGCCGGAUAUAUUUCCCCGUGGAGCCCGAGGCUGCUGCACGGUCCGAGAAGGAUAUCCUGGCUGCUAGCGGCACCAUCAUUGAGAACACGAUAGGCUACGCCCGCGAGUUGGAGACGAUUGUCUGA